UAGGGGGGAGCAUUGAGAUCCAGGCCGGGGAUAGACACCUACCUUUAAGGCCUUUUGUCUGAGGAGUCUGCGUCUUGGAGCUGUGGCCCUGAGGAGUCCAGACACACGAUCUCUGUCCCCUGGAGCAGGAAUAGGGCGAUGGACGCCGACUGGUGAUGGCUGAGGGCCUCUGUCCGGACAUGGUGGGAGGUCCAGACCCAUCAGGAGCCGGGGCCAUGGUGCCUGGUCAGCAGUGGGGGCACCUGAAGAAGCCGCUCUUUAUCCUGGGUGGCACCUUCUCCCUCUUGGGGCUGGCCUUGCUGGGCAUCUGGCCGGCCGCUGCACCCGGCGUGGCCUACUUCCUCCUGGUGCUGGGAGGCUUCUGUGCUUUUGCGUACCUGGGUGCCUGCGUGCUGGAGCAGGGGCCGCGCUCUGCGCAGGCUGGGAGCCCGGGGUCCUCAGUCAGCAUGUGGGACAAUGAGGCCUUUGAGGUGCCAGUCUACCAAGCGGCCGUGGCACUGGGGCCACCGUACAGGCCCCAGGAGCGGGAGAACCCGCCAUCCUACAGCAGCGUAUAUCCUCUGGGUCUGAACGUGGGCGAGACGAGCCAUCCGGAGGCACUCCAGAGAGUGGGGCUGGCCAGGAGAGGGGGCUCAGAGGGGUCCCUCAGACGAGCCCCAGCCUGCCUUCGGCUUCGGGGAGCACGGACCGUGUCCACCGAUCCUGACUUGCAGAGCCUGGGCAUGGCCCCCAAACUGGAGCCUCUUACUCCGCCCCCAGCCUACGAGGUCAGCCUUGGUCACCUGGAUGAUGACAGUGUGUUUUACGAGGACAACGGGACAGUCCCCUAAACCGCUCUCCCUGCUGGCUGAGAUCGUACUGAACCUGCAGAGGGAGGGGUGGGGAGGAAGGAGGGCCCAGAGACGCUGGGAUGGGGAUGCACCAGGUCCCCAGCCUGCGCUGGGGCUCAGAAACCCAGGGUCACUAGCAAAGGGUGCCCUGCUAGGAUAGGCCAAGUGCACGCGGGGCAACGCCUUUGGAGGCCACACCCUUCGCCCCUGGCAUUGUCAGCUCGUCAACGAAUAAAGUGAAAAGUUCUCCCGCC